CCGUACCGGGCGCCGCACGUGGGGCAGGGCGGGACUUCCUGAGCCCGGAGGACGCCGGGAAGGGGAGGGGGUCGCACCGGGAGGAAGGUCUCGGCUGGGCAGUGUGACCGUUCGGACUUUCGGGACCCAGGGCUCAGGGUUUGCGAAGCCACUGUACACGUGCGGGACCUGGCAGGAGGAUGGAAGCAAGGUCCAGCUCCGGCCUGGCAGUCGCUGCUAGUGUCCCUAAAACGGUUCCUGGGGUCCUGUGCUGGCUCUGAGGACCACCCCUCAGCUAAUUCUGCCCCCAGGACUCGGACUAUCACCAUUUGGAACUCUGUAAAAUGGAGCUUGUUCCUUUACCGGGCGAGGGAGCGCUUGAUGUGAUCUAGAACCGAGAACUCUACUUUCUCAUUGCAGCUGUAAUGAAAGAGUGCCAUCUUGUCACAAAGUCACUGAAAAGCCAGAUCUUAGAUGCAGAAGUAGAUGUGCUGUGUGCAGUUCUCUACAGCAAUCACAAUAGAAUGGGGCGCCACAAGCCCCAUUUGGCCCUGAAACAGGUAGAACAAUGUUUAAAACGUUUGAAAAACAUGAAUUUGGAAGGCUCAAUUGAAGACCUAUCAGAGUUGUUUUCUUCCAAUGAAACUCAUCCUGAAACCACCAAAACCUGUGUCAUCCCCAGCCAGCCAGUGGUGGAGUUGGUGCUGAUGAAGGUUUUGGGAGCCUGCAAGUUGUUACUCCGCUUGCUGGACUGUUGCUGCAAGACAUUUCUCUUGACUGUGAAACACUUAGGAUUGCAAGAGUUCAUCAUUUUAAACCUUGUGAUGGUUGGACUGGUGAGCAGACUAUGGGUUCUCUAUAAAGAAGUUUUAAGAAGGUUGAUUUCUUUGUAUGAGCCAUUGUUUGGAUUGCUUCAAGAGGUGUCUAGGAUUCAACCCAUGCCUUACUUCAAAGAUUUCCCCUUUCCUUCUGAUAUUAUUGGCUUUCUAGGACCACCUUAUCUUGAAGUCUUUAAGGAAAAACUGCCUACAGCUUUUGCUAAAAGUAAAGGAGUAACUAAGUUGCUAAAUAAACUGUUUCUAACCAAAGAACAGUCACCAAGGACUAGUGAAGAUACUUUGGGUAGAAUUUCCAAAACAGCUGAGCAAAUGAAGGUUAAUUUACAGAAUAAUGUGGACCUUGGACAGCCAGUGGGGAAAACCAAGAAGGUCAGCGAAGAAAAGCUAUCAGGAUUUGAUGUGAGGGCUUUCUGCAAAAGGCUGAGAAACAAAGCUACUCAGGAGACUAGCUCUGAGUUUAAAUGUUCUUACUCCAAAUUGAAGACAACCAAACUUUCUUCUCAGAAGCUAAUAGAAAUCCCUCAAGCUAAAAGUUUUGUGCAGAAAUUCCGAGAGGCAAAGACUUUCAUUCAGCUCUCUGAAGAAAUCCAAAUGGCAAUUGUAUGGUGCAGGAGCAGAAAACUCAAGGCUCAGGCCACCUAUCUGAGCAGCAAACUUCUUAAAAGUAACAGGCUUAAACAUGUGGAAGCACAAGGUUACAGUUUGCCAAAGAAACUACAGUGCAUGAAAGCAUCUAUUUGCAACUGCCUUCUUCGAGGCGGCUCCGAUAUCAGGACUUCAAAGCAUCAUCUGAGACAAAGAUCAAAGGGCAAAAUUUUACUGAGACAAAGGAAACCACAGAGAAAGUUGCAGUCAAUGCUUUUAAAGGAAAUUCAGCAGUUCCCUCAUGGGUCUCUGAAGAGCACUAUGGACACCAGUGCUAAGUGGAGACUCUCAGGUGGGGCAGGUCAGAGGAUGGAUCUCUGUCCCAACAGUAAGCAGCUCUUGAGUAGAAGACUUUCAAACCCUGUCCUAGAAACAAAGGACAAACGGAUCCAUGGAAAUCUUAUAGGAGGCAGUGGAAAUGAAACUCAUUUGUGGACAAAGAGGCACAGAAACACACACACUAUGCCAGGAACUGUUAAAGAGGCAGAUGACAUCGAUGAUAUUUUUGCUUUAAUGGGAGUUUAGAUGUUCAUAUGUGAGACUUUUAAGCAAUUAAUAAGCUGGUUCAGUGUUCUGCUGUUUUAAGUGGAAGUGCCAAGAACAGGAAGUGCUGCUUGGCCCCAGGGAGGAGCUGCUUCUAUGCAGCAUUCUACAGGAGUGCAUUUCACAUCAAUAAAUAUUUAUAGCAGUUCUGUGUUAAUCAACUAGUAUGUGUUUGACUUUGACCGUGUGCCAGGUGUUAGAUACAGUGAAGUCUGUUACAGCCUGCCUCUGAGAAAUGUGCAGUUUCUUGACUGAGGCUGAUAGGUUCCUGAGAAUUGAAUCAUUGUUCUAGGGAACUGGGAUUUGAAUAAGUUUGCAAGAUCUUGUGUGAUAAAGGCAAAUAGGGAACAAAAUUGGUGAGUAGAAAGGAAGUUAUGGUCAUCUCUCAAAAAAAAUUUCUUAAAAACGCACACGUCUGUGUGUGUGUGGUGCACAAUGCCAUGACGUGUGGAAGUCAAGAGGACAACUUGUGGGAGUUGGUUCUCCUUCCACCAUGAGGGUCCUGGGGAUUGAACCCAGAUUGUGAGGCUUAGCAGCAGGUGCCUUUACCUGCUGGGUCACCUCCCCUGACCAUGCCCACCCCUUGAGUAGCAAUGCAUGUAGCUUCCAGUGUGUGCUGUUGUUUCUAUUAGAGUAGAUCACCAAGAGUUAAAGGUUUUUCCAUCACUCGUGAUCACAACUCUUAUUUAUUAGGAGGGUGUAUUUAGAAUUUUCCAAAAGGUUUUCAUUUUUCUUGUUUAUAUGAAAUAUAGCAGGGUAACAAAAAGGUAGGUGAGAAGAUAAAAUGAAAAAAAAUCAGUUUAGGAUACACAAAGUACACCCAAGAAUAAGGCUAAUCAUCAAUUUAUAGCUUGUAUCAAUGCCAUUGCUAUAGGAAAUGACUUGAGCUUCAUGUACAAAUUAUGAAAGGAGCUCUCUUGCCCAUGAGAAAAGCUAGCCUGUCAUGGAAAAUCCACUCCAUCCUCAACCUCCUCCAGUCCAAAGAGAAGCAGGAGGGGUGAGCUCAGAAGACAGUCUUCCCUGUUGCCCUGAGUGAUCAGCUCUCUACAGAUAGCACACAGAGCCCAGCGCUUUUGGGAUCUAAACCAUCAGUGGCCCUCAGAACUGGCAAGGGCUUCAAUCAAGCCCAAAGCCUGCAAACAUGAAAUCCAGGGCAAAGUUGCAACUCAGCUUG